CUUAUCUUUUAUAACAUUUUGUAACGCAGAGGAAAGUCAGUCCUCCCCUCUACCUUUGCUGACACCGUUGUCUUUAUUACCCGUCUGCCAUGAAUGAGACGUCCUCCUCCCUGUGCACUGUCUCCGUCUACCUAAACCUUUGUGCCUCCUCCAAAGUCCUGCUUCUGGUCCCUGGCUUCGGCUUGAACAUCUUCAUCCUGGUCUCCCUGGUGUCCUGUCUGCUCAGCCAGCGAAGCAAGAUAAGGAGCAAUGUGGCGAUGUUCAUCCUCGGAAGCACCAGCUGCAACCUCGUCAACCUGAGCCUGUGGCCCAUGACCAUUCACUGGAGGCAGCAUGGCCGCUGGCUGCUGGGCUCUCACUUGUGUGAAGUCAUGGUGAGCGCCAAACACCUGACAAGCUCUGCUUCCUUCCACUACGUCUCCUUCAUUACCUUCUCUAUUUACCUGACAGUGGUAUGUGGCUGCAGGCACCUGGUAAACAGCAGGGUUUUCCUGGCCCUGCAGCUUCUGUUCCCUCUCCUUCCUGUGGGGGUGAAGAAGCUGACCCUGUGGCUCUUGGGCAGCCAUGUGGAUCACCUGGAUCAUGUCAACCUCACUUGCUUCUCCUUUAUUAACGAUGAAAUCAUGAGGGUUCUUUUGCUGGUGAAGACUCUCGUGUUUCUGCCGUUAAGCCUGUAUUUCUAUGCUCACAUUCUACACACCAUCGUCCAGAGCGCUAAGCUGAUGCACAGGAACCAGAAAGUCAAUGUGCGCCUGGCAAAAGUGUUCAGCCUCAUAUCUCUCAUUACCUUCACAGCACAUGUACCUGGUGCUGUGUUUGCACUGAUGGCACACCCGUCUGUGUGUCAGGAGAUGGUCAGAGAUCUGCUGCUGGACCUGUCUUUACUCUCCAGCCCCAUAAUCCUGCUCUGUAUGAAUAAAGAGCUGAGGAACCAGUGUCUGUUACUGCUGCAGCGCAAACCCGCCAACCACUAUAUGGGGGAAAAAAUCUAUCAGCAAGACAAACAAGUGGCACAAGAACCUGACUACUGGAGAAACUGACACAAUUCACCUCUAAUUCAUAAGAUAAUGAUUUAUAAGUUUAUGAAGUCAAACACUUCAUGAUAUGCUUAUACUGUAUGUUUAUGUGCAACCUCAAAGAACUUCAGUGUAUUUCAGACAUCAACUAGGGCUGAUAAAAAAAAAAAAAAUUGCGAUUUUGUUGUUUCCCAUUAACUUGACUUCCAAAUUGUCAUUGAGGUGGAUAAAUGUUGAAGAAGAAAAGACAAACAAUCAGCAAAUAAAUAUAUCAAAGAACAAGUAAACACAA